AUGGCGAGUCGAGUUAAAGAGGACGAGAAGAAUGAGAGAAUUAUCAGGGGACUUCUCAAACUUCAGGAGAAUCGGAGAUGCAUCAACUGCAACAGUCUGGGACCGCAAUAUGUUUGCACAAAUUUCUCUACAUUUGUCUGUACUACCUGUAGUGGAAUUCAUCGGGAGUUUACUCACAGAGUGAAAUCAAUAUCAAUGGCUAAAUUUACCCCCCAAGAAGUUGGUGCACUUCAGGAAGGUGGAAACAAGCGUGCAAGAGAAGUUCUUCUGAAAGACUGGGAUCCUCAGCGCAACUCUACACCUGACAGCAGUAAUGUUGAUAGACUUCGGGACUUUAUCAAACACGUGUAUGUUGAUAAAAGGUACACGGGUGAUAAGAACUAUGGCAAACCUCCAAUUAUGAAGACGGCUGACAGAGAGGAUGUAGGGUCCCGGAGUCCACCAUAUGAGGAUGUCUAUGACCGCCGUUCCAAUGAAAGGUCUAGUCCAGGUGGAAGAAGUGAUGACAAAAACUACAGAUAUGGUUAUGACGAGAGGAGAAGCCCUGGAUAUGAUCAAGAAGGUAGACAUUACAGUGAUUACAGGAAAAGUCCCGCUCGACCAGAGAUUAUCAACGAUUGGCGUCGGGAGGAUAGAUUUGGAAAUGGAAGGAAAGUUGAGGACCAUAGAGUAUCUGAUGGAGAUUCAAAACUGAGUGGCAGGUCACCAGAGCGGCCAAAUGAUGUUGGGGGAACUAGUCCCCCGGUUGUACGGCCCGUUCGAGAAAUUUUGGGUGAUAGUGUAGUGCCUCUUCGUAUAAGUGAACCACCUAAAGCUAAUGCAGUAAGGUCUGCUGAUGGCUUUGUGGCGACACAGAGAACUGCCUCAUCAAGCAGCCUCAGCUCUACAACUGAGGCCCCUGUGGAAGUAAAAGUAGAACCUGCACCAAGCUUAAUCGAUUUUGAUUCUGAUCCCGCACCCACUGCUGCUGCGGCUGCUCCCCAAGCACAACAGACAACUUCAACUCAACCUGCUGCACCAACCUUAGCUUCCAGCAAUGACAAUAACUGGGCGUCUUUUGAUUUCGCCCCUGCUCCUAAAGCUUCUGAAGCUCCUGCAAAUGCCAGUCCACUGGAUUCUGUUUUGUCUCAGUUGUCAGCUACGCCAUCUGUACCUGGUCCCACCCAAAUUAUUCCGAAUGGUUUUGGUACAAUGCCUGUGACUGGCAAUGGUGGUAAUGCCCCUGUUCCAGAAGCUGGGCAAUGGGCCACCACACAGCAUCAACAACCUUCUUUAACCCCUGCGCAGUCCACCUCUCAACUAUAUUCAGCCCCUGGCAAUCAUCUAUGGAAUUCUUCACUACCCCCUAAUGUGCAAGCAGCUCUGAAUACAACUCCUGGCGGCGGAACAAUUCCAGGUCCUGGAUCUGCACAAUCUUCAGCAGCUACUGGAAUGAAAGAAUUACCGCAGGAUCUGUUUACCGCAACAUAUCCUUAUUUCCCUACAAUGGUUCCAGGGUGGCAAACAGGUCCACCCCGUGGUAUGAUGUACCCUAUGCAGUAUUCUAAUGUGCCAGCUCCUAUGCAGUAUGCUAAUGUGCCAGCCCCUAUGCAAUAUGCUAAUGUGCCAUCCCCUAUGCAAUAUGCUAAUGUGCCAUCCCCUAUGCAAUAUAAUAGUGCUGCUGUGCUUAUGCCCACAUUCAUCCAGCAACCCUCAAAAUCGUUAAAUCCAUUUGACGCAAAUGAGCCAACACCAACUCAGGCCCAACCUUUUCCUAAUAUGUCAUCCUUGCAAAGUGCUUUACCAAAUAUGGCGGCACAUUCAGGAAUACAACGGGCUUCAAGUCUUGAUAACUCCGCACCACCAGUAUGGAUGCCAAACCAGUCAUCACCUUAUCAACCGGGAUUGCAUCCCCAGUUACAAUCUUACUCAACUACAGCGCCUCCAAGGCCAACUACAUCUCAAGUGCCGAGUCACUCAUCUGGGCAUCAAGGAAUAGCAGGUUUCAGCAGCAACGAUGGUGGUGCUGCGUUUGGUGCCUUAAAUUUGGACCAACAUCUGGCUGGCGGAUUCUCGGCUCCUGCUACCACAUUGCAGCCAUUCCCUUCUGCAGGAGGCAACCCUUUCGGAUGA